CUUCCCCCUGGCGGCUCGGGUUCCCGGAUCCGCUUACGCCCGGCUCAGCUGUCGCCGGCCCAGGGCGGGAGGCGCAAGACGCGCCGGACCCCGCGCGCCAUGGACAGCGCUGCGCCCCGCGAGCCCGGGGCCACCGAGCCCCCCGCCCGCGCGCGCCCGCGCCUGGUGUUCCGCACGCAGCUGGCGCACGGCAGCCCCACCGGCAGGAUCGAGGGCUUCACCAACGUCCGCGAGCUCUACGCCAAGAUCGCCGAGGCCUUCGGCAUCGCGCCCACCGAGAUCCUGUUUUGCACCCUCAACAGUCACAAAGUGGACAUGCAGAAGUUGCUGGGGGGGCAGAUCGGGCUGGAAGACUUCAUCUUUGCGCACGUGCGUGGAGAGACCAAAGAGGUGGAGGUCACCAAGACGGAGGACGCUCUGGGUCUGACCAUCACAGACAACGGGGCGGGGUACGCCUUCAUCAAGAGAAUCAAGGAGGGCAGCAUCAUCAACAGGAUCGAGGCAGUGUGCGUGGGCGACAGCAUCGAGGCCAUCAACGACCACUCCAUCGUGGGCUGCCGGCACUACGAGGUGGCCAAGAUGCUGCGCGAGCUGCCCAAGUCCCAGCCCUUCACCCUGCGCCUGGUGCAGCCGCGCAGAGCCUUCGAUAUGAUUGGCCAGAGGAGCAGGAGCAGCAAGUGUCCUGUGGAAGCCAAAGUGAGCAGCGGGAGGGAGACGCUGCGUCUGCGCGCCGGGGGCGCCGCCACCGUGGAGGACGCGCCCAGCGACGUGGAGGCGGCGGCGGCGCGCAGGGUGGACGACCUGCUGGAGAGCUACAUGGGCAUCCGGGACCCCGAGCUGGCGGCCGCGGUGGUGGAGACUGCGCGGAGCUCGGCGGGGGCCCAGGCCUUCGCGCGCGGCCUGGACGCGGUCCUGGGCGAGUUCGCCUUCCCGGACGAGUUCGUGGUGGAGGUGUGGGCGGCCAUCGGCGACGCCCGCGACGGCUGUGGUUAGCGUGUGCGGGGGUCCGCAGCCCCGGGCCCAGCCCCCUGCCGCAGCGCCGCUGCAGGACGCAGGACAGCCCCGGGGCCCGGCCCGGCUCCAGAGCCAGACCCAGGUCCGAGGCCCAGGCCAGGUCCGAGG